UUAACGUUUUACCUACACUUACUCACCGACGUUUCAACCCUCUCUCUGUCUCUUCGUUUCACUUGCCUCGGAGUCAUGAUCAUUUCUCGAAGGACAUUGUUACCUAGUUUGUGUUUCGUGACUGGCCGUUCUGCCCGAAAGUUCUACGGUGUACUUCUGGUGAUAGCGUUGAGUACAUCCUUCUACUCUCUUUACCUUGAGGGUAUUACACACAAGCUGGUUGAAAGACGAAGUUCUCCUCCGACGCAGAAAGGCAAAAGCGUACCAGAAGUUGAAAUUACGCCCACUGCGAGGAACGUGACACCUGAGCACACUCGUCUGCUUAUCUACAACCGUGUGCCGAAAUGUGGAUCGACUACCACCUUUAAAAUACUCAAUACGCUGCGGAAACUGAACAAAUUUCGCCACAGGAACUCGGAAAUCUACCACACCGAAUGGCUCACAGUGGAGGAACGCACACGUUUACUUCAGGGUCUUUACAAAUUCACCAGUAAAUAUCCCAGGAGUUUCGACCGUCACCUGUUUUACUUUAAUGCUACGAGGCUGGGGUUCCAACGGCCGGCCUGGAUGAACAUCAUAAGAGAACCUGUUUCUAGGUUUAUCAGCGAAUUUUACUUCGUGAGGACCAGAGAGCAGUGGAGCAUAGUUCAAUCCCUAAAGCAGAAGAAACGACCUCCGGAAUCCUGGUUUAACAUGCAGCUAGACGAGUGUGCAGCGACAGGACAUCCGGAAUGCAGACCUUCACCUGGAGACAACAUGACCCUUCAACUCACCUUCUUCUGUGGUCAUCAUCCCACUUGUCGGCAGGUCGGCAGUCGGUGGGCGCUGAACCAGGCGAAGUACCACCUGGAGAACUAUUACAGCGUCGUCGGCGUGCUGGAGGAGCUGUCCCUCUCGCUCCAGGUUCUCCAACACUACCUGCCUCGCUUCUUCAACAAUGUUGGGGCCCUUGAACUCGGCUCGGGACACGUAGUACUGAACGAGCGACCGAGAGAGUACAAACCCACUGUCACCAACGCCACGAAAGGGAUGCUAAGGAGUAUCUUCAAGGAGGACCUCGAGCUGUACCAAUUCGCCCGGCAGCGGCUGCACCUUCAGGCUCGAGUGCUAGGAAUUCUGGAUCAGCUCGGGUCCUGACAACCUGUCGAGCGGGAUAUUGGGUUAUGUGUGGUAAUAUUGCGGUUUUAGAGCCCUCGGACUAUAUAGCGUGUUUUUUUCCACCGUUCCUGACCCUCUCUCUCUCUUUCUUUCUUUAUUUCUCUCUCUCUCUCUCUCUCUCUCUCUCUCUCUCUCUCUCUCUCUCUCUCUCUCUCUCUCUCUCUU